UCUUGCUCAGAAGCACGAGAGGCUUCCACGUCAUCUUUACUGGCGUUGUUUUGUUUAGAAAUAGACCAGGAAAUUGCGUUUUUGUCAACUCACGAAGCAUGGAAAAGUAGCUAGUUGGAGCUGUGGUGACAUUGAAACGCAGAAUUAGAGGACUAUAGUCACCAAUACGUUUAGAAAUGGAUGACGAUGUUACCAUUGAGGACGAGGGUGGACCAGAAAUACAGAAUACACCCCUUGAAAACCAGGAUUUAAGUUUCCUGCAACAAACGGUCGGACCAUUGGUGGCAGAAUAUGGAUGGUAUCUGCUGUUCAUGUGUGUGGGGGUCUACCUGGUGGUACAGCACCUGAGCAAGAGGAGAGCCAGCCAGGGACAGAGCAGCUCGCCUUCUGGAGCGGUGCAAGAUCCCAAUGCAGUGGUGAGGAGACAAGAGGCACUGGAGGCGUCCAGGAGAAGAAUGCAGGAGGAGCUGGAUGCCAAGGCGGCCCUCUUCAAGCUGAAACAACAACAGCUGGAGGAGGAGAAGAGACGACAAAAAAUUGAGAUGUAUGACAGCAUGAAAGAGGGGAGGAGUUACAGAGGACAGGCAAAGACAGUCCAGAACACUGAAGAGGUCAGCACAUCGACUACAGUGUUGAAAUCAAAGACUGACAAGAAGCCCCUACGGAGCAGUGGCUUUAAUCCCCUGAGCGGAGAGGGAGGUGGAUCCUGUGCGUGGAGACCAGGAAGGAGAGGGCCGUCGGCUGGCGGUGGAUGAGGUUAAAGGAGGUCAGAGCCACAGGCUCGGGUUAGACCUCGCCCCCUUAACCCCGGAUCUGUGUAUCUGUGGCUAGGGGUGACUUGUGCCUACUCUGAGGUGACCUGUGAACUCUGACCCCUGAUCUUUGACCCCUGACCCGACCCGUCAUAGGCACACACACUGACCUACUGAAGGAAGCUGCCAGCAAUCUCAAAGCCCUCUUAGUUAUUGAUCUAAAUCAAUAUGUUGUUCUUCUCAAAGCCCUCUUAGUUAUUGAUCUAAAUAUAUCUGUUGUUUGUAACUCUGUGUUUGGGUUUCAGAAUUGGUAAAAAAGAAAAAAAUGAUUCAACUGGUUUCGCUACUGUGUAUGUUUUAGAUCAUGUUGCAUCAGUAAUAUUAGCAUUGUCCAAAAUACAAUGUGUUGCCACAUGAUAAAAAUGAAUCCUUUCUGUUUUAAUGCAUUUGGACAACUUCAAACUAACCAGUGUUGAAAACAAUUGUCUUGUUUCCACUUUCAAAUUUUGGCUUAUUGAAUCAUCUUAUUUAAGAACACAUGAGAAGGCCUUCUGAGAAGGACAGUUUCUAAUGAUGCUAUUCCCGUAAAUGGCACCUGUGCCAGUGGGUUUGGCUGAUGACUUUCAGAGUAACAGUGUGUAUAUGUUUUUUUAUUUUAUUUUGUAUUUUGUGCCGUCUAACAAGGCUUCAUGUUGCGAGAGUAGAUGCUAGCCAGAUGGCUUUAGUACUGCUGUGUACCGUACUGCUUGUUAUACUAUUACAUAAAUCAGAUGUAACCGUAGUCAUCGUGUUAUGUAUUGGAAGAUCAAUGAUCAUCAAACAAUUUUAGUUAUUGAAAUUCUGACAAUAGCUCUUUUCUGCCCCAAAUAUAUUGGGGGUCAAGAAAUAAACUGAACUGCACCAUUUUUAUCACAAUAAAGAUAUUAUAGAUAA